GCUCUGAUCCCGCCGCGACCCCGGCCCGCCCCCGGCCCGCCCCCCGCCCGGCGGUGCCGCCGCUCCCGGAAGCCCCGGGGAGGCGGGGCGGGUCCGGGGCCACCGUGGGAACGGAGCCGAGCGGGGCCGGAAGGGCCAUGGCGGGGGUCCCGGGGGGGGUCCCGACAGAUGUCGCGACAGAUGCCACGACAGGCGACAGGCGCGUGCGGGCGCUGCAGCAGGAGGUGCAGGGGGUCACCACCAUCAUGACACAGAAUGUGGAGCGGAUCCUGGCGCGGGGGGAGAACCUGGAGCAGCUGCACAGCAAGAGCCAGGACCUGGAGGCCACUUCGGAGCAUUUCCGCACGACAUCUCAGAAGAUGGCUCGGCGCUACUGGUGGAAGAACGUGAAGCUGCUCGUCAUCCUCGGCCUGGUGGGAAUCAUUGUCCUCAUCCUCAUCAUCCUCCUGGCCACUGGCACCAUCCCCACCUAGAGCCACUGUCCCCACAGAGACACGGCCACCCCAGGGCCCAAAUACAGAUAGGGCAGAAGAACCAAUGGGACUCGUCUGUGUGUGUGUG